GCGGCCACUCGCAGGACUCGAGCGCUCCGAGCGCGAGGGGAAGAGGAGCGAAAGGGGCCAGAAGGCGCGCGUGCUCGCUCUCCCAGGGUCCAGAGGCCGCCUUAGAACCGUGGGCGCGAAAGAGGGAGGAAACGCGCGUCCGCUCGCUUGAGGGAUUGAAGGGUGAAGCGCGCGCGCCUCCUCGGGGCGCGAGAAAGAGCCCCCCACUCGCCGGGGAACCAAGCCGGGACAGGCAGCUGAAGAGGCGUGGAGCCGGGAAGAGGGGGGGGAGGGGAAAGGAGGGAAGACCCACGCAAGCCGAUUGGGUAGGCGGCGUUUAGGACGCCUCCCACCAAUCAGCACCGUCGGAGGAGAAAAAAAAAAAAGAGUUUGCCAGCCCGGGGGUGUGUGCUUUUUGUAGCCUCCCCUCCAAUCGGAGCAGCGGCAGUCGCGGCUGAAGCCGGAGCAGCGCGCCAAUCGCGGGCCAGCCACUACUCGAGAGCGCGGAGUCGGGGAUGUCCUACAAGCCUAUCGCGCCUGCCCCCACCAGCUCAGGAGCCGCCGGCACCAGCAGCAGUAGCGCCAGUCCCGCCCCCGGAGCCCCGCCGGUCGCUACCAGUGUUCCAUCACCAUCUGGUUCUGUCCCUGGAACAUCUGCCCCCUUUCGACCUCUCUUCAACGAUUUUGGGCCCCCAUCUAUGGGCUACGUGCAGGCUAUGAAGCCACCAGGUGCCCAAGGUUCCCAGAGCACAUAUACAGAUUUGCUUUCUGUAAUUGAAGAGAUGGGCAAAGAGAUACGACCUACAUACGCAGGUAGCAAGAGUGCUAUGGAACGACUGAAGCGAGAUUUAUUCAAACCCACAUAUCUGCAUUUUGCCUUAUAUCUUCUGAUCGAUCUUGAAUUUAAUUAAUAAGGUAUUAUUCAUGCUCGGGCACUAGUAAGAGAGUGUCUGGCAGAGACAGAACGCAAUGCCCGCACGUAACACUCGCUUCCUCCUGGCACCACCCGUGGAGGAUCCUAGCACUUUCCAGCUAAUCAACAUUUUAGAAUCUGGAGUUUUCCCCUUCCUUUCAAAUCUUUCUACCAAUCAGUGUCUCAAGUCUUAGAACUGUGAUCGCCUUCAAAGACCUUUAUACCAAUUGGCACCUAAGAAUCUGAAGUAUCUCCACUUGCAUCACAGAACUUCCCGUCAAUUGGCAUUCUGGGAGUAUAUACAGAAAGCGUUCAUUGUGUAUAUCCUUGGUUUACUAGUCGAAAUAAUUGCUGGUGACAAGUUCUAUAUCUUUAUAAAAUACAUGGGGUUUUUGAAUAAAUAAAAAUCUUUAGAAUUUGGAUUAUCUCUUCUUCACUGUGCUUUUCUAUUAUUAUUUUUUAAUGUGGUGAGGGAAAUAUUCUCUACCUCACUAAAAUAUUCCUGAAGGGCAUGUAUUGCAAGAUAUGCUUCCUUAGUAAAGCAGUAUGAAGCCCUCUCUUCCUCUUGCAACAAGAGUCUCAACCAGCGAUCACUGAGCCUGUAUUGGAAAACUUGUAAUAAAAUGUUUCUACUCCUGUA